AUGGCCCCGCGGCAGGAGAUUCUCGAUUCGGAGGACGACGACAGCGACUUCAGCAGCGCCCCUGAAACGGGAGACACCAGUGUCGAGACACUCGACGCGGGUGUGUCCCGCAUGCUUGAGCCAGAGGAAAGUCAUGACGAGAGCCACGAAAUCAUCGCGGGAACACACAUUGCCGCCACCGGUUCGACAGAUCCGGCAUUUUUCCAGCGCGUUUAUGACCGACACCAGGCCAUUGGCAACACGCAGGAUGUGAUCCCCGACACAGCACCACCAGGCCCGCCCGCGUCCAACUGGACUACCGUAUCAUCGGCACCGACCCCUGGGCAGCGACAGCCGGUAAUGGACCCUUCGUCAAUUACUCCAGUGACUGAUCCGGUGGCCCCCGGCCGCCGGGCCCGCCGGGCAGCGGCAGAUAUCUCCCCAGCAAAUUUCAUCGACCUAACGGAGAUCUCCUCUCCCAGGGAAGAGACCGCGAGCCGGGGGGUUGGUCUCAGCGAUGUGUGGGAUAUGCCGCCGCCGCCGCCAUCCACCACAUCGCAGCGGACAACAGCUAGGACGUACGGAAAGAAGCGGAAGGCUGCGCUUCUUAGUCUUGAACAGGGCGACGACGGGCUGCUGGGAAACAGCCCGACAAUGAUGCCAAGUACCCUGCUGCCGGAUACCCAAGACCCGUACGCCUUUCCCGAAGCAACCCCGCCAACGAGGAGAUCCCAACGAGAAGCGCCUCACAGCUCAGACCAACGUUCGCCACAGCUCCCACCACAUCUGCCACCGCCGGACUCUAGCCCAGUGAUGCUCGUACCGACGGGGUUGGAGGGAGCGGCGGAGUACUCACCCAACCGGCCAACGCGCAGCAGUGCGCGGAAGAAGAAACGGACCAGUUUUUUCGGUGAUCCUGAGCCGGGCCAUGACGAUCCUGGGGAUAGCAGCAUGCCCGACACGGCGGUCCCAUCCCUCUACAUCACGCAGAGCGCACUCACAGCAAGCCAGAGGCGAGAGUAUCGGGUGGUUAGCCCGACGUCGUCUUUGGCGCCGACAGCGGCUAUGGUCGAGGGGGCGGAGAGCUCCUCGGUGGCGGACCAGUCGUUUGGGUUUAGGAAUGACAAAUCUGGCCCGGGCGAGAUGGACACGAUGUUCAAAUCGAGCGGGGCCACGACGAUUGCGUACCCGACACCUAGCCGAGUUACGUCGUCCAGGAGGUUGGCUGAUGUGGCGGAGGAAGAAGUGGCGACGGAAGGAGUAGGGGAGAGUGGCUACCAGUCCUCACCUGACGUUCUCACCGAAAUGGGAACUGCGGCUAGUUCGAGGUCGAAGAGGAGCAGAGCAAAACCUAGUUCGUCCGUGGGCAUUCCUUCCUCUAAACUCGACCCGCCAACGUCCACGAGGAGGAUGAGACAAAGGAGGGUCACUCGGGAAGCCGAGGAUGAAUCUUUUGAAGCGGACCCGUUGGGAAGCACGCAAGAGAAUACAGCCCCUCAGCAACAGAAAGAGGCACCACAAGAGGGCAAUAUCAUGGGAGUGCAUGAAGAUGCCCAUGAUGAGACGCCAAUCCGUAACACGGAGCCAGCAGACGCGGAACCGAUUGAGCCUCCGGAGGAAACCGCAAAACCUGCCGCAAAAGGCAAGAAGGGGCGAAAGAAGAAAGGCUCAAAGGCCCAACAGGCUCCUCCCCCUGAGCUCGAUGAACCCGUUCCUACCAAGUCGGAGCCCGUGAAAGACACCCAGCCACCUGUUAAGGGCAAACAGGGUCGUCAAAACAAAACCAAACCCAAAGUCAAGUCCACGGCAGAAGUGCCCCCCAGCGACGAGUCGGACGCGGAGGCGGAGGCAGAGGUCGACAUACCUGACACCGCGCCACAGAUCCUAUCCGAAGGGGACACCAACCGCCCACCUAGCCCCACAACAACAGCCAGGGGGGAUACUAGCGACGCGCCCGGGGAGAGCAAAGAGAAUAAGGCCCCUCCAACGAAGGACGUGGAAACGCCCAAGGACAAGCUGGCGGAGAAAGCGGAGAAAAGUACCGUCAAAGAUGUCAAGCCGAGUGCGCAAAAAGUACGGUACCGUGUGGGGUUGAGCAAGCGGUCGCACAUUGCGCCGCUGUUGAAGUGUCUGAAGAAGCAGACCUAG